AUGUGUGGUGUCGGAUUACACAGUCCAGACUUUUCCAAAGCCAUUAGCUUCAAGGAUUUCGAAAACAAAAAAAGAAUUUUCGAGCUGGAGUCUGGAAAUAUCUUUAAUAACAAAAGGACUGUGUCACUGGAUAAAUUUAAUGGUUUUGAUAAAAAAUUAAAAUAUUAUUCAGUUGAGUACAAAUGUGAGCGAGGUGGUGAACCACGAGUUGUAAAAGGAAGCAAUUACAUAAGUGACAAGCUUGGAUGCGAGGCUAGUUAUAUAGUGAAGGCAAUCGAUAAGUCGACUCUACAACUAGUUUCAUUUAACGACAAUCAUAAUCACCCCAAAAAUUACAUUCCUGUUCAUAUAAUUUGUGCGGAUAAACUAGAUGAUGCUGAAAGCGAACAAAUGAAGUCUAUAAUAAAUAAAUAUUUCAGUCAAAUCCAAGACAACAAAAGGAAACAGAAAGAAGCCGAUCAAUUAAUUGAAGAGUUGAAGUUAAUCAAAGAAAAUAAGAUAAACACAGUGAAAGAGACUAUUAAACUUAAAGAUUGCAGAGUUAAAUUAAAGGAAAUUAACGAAGAACAGACGAUAAAGAAGAGAAAGAGAGAAUUAAAAGGGAAAAAUACAUCCGGUUUAAAAAAAAUUAAGAGCAUUCUCUCUGUGGGAUCCGGAAAUGUACAUACUGGAAUGGUGGAGGGUGACGAGACCGAAAACGAAGUUCGUGACGUCGAUGGUGGCGGUGAUGUAAACAGUGCCCUGAAAAAUAACAAUACUAGAGAAGUAGAGGACAAAGACUUAAAUAGUGAUGUAUGCGUUGCUUCGAUACCUAAAAAACCUGCUGAUGGACCUACUGAAAUGGUGGGGGCUGACAAAACUGAUAACGAAGUUCGUGACGUCGAUGGCGACGGUGAUGUAAACAGUGACCUGAAAAAUAACAAUACUAGAGAAGUAGAGGACAAAGACUUGAAUGUUGAUGUAUACGUUGCUCUGAUACCUAAAAAACCUUCUGAUGUUAAAAAAAAAUUCCCCGGUGUUAAAAUAACGCUGCCGCCGGUGUAAAUAUUAUAGACCGGUGUUAAAAUGUUUUUCUGUGUGAGUAUUUGUUAUAUUCGAUCACUACAGUUAAAUAGCGGUUUUAUUAAUUAAUUAAAUUAUUGGUGAUUGAAA